AUGAUCAGCAUCGCAAAGAAGCACAGGACUCAACUAGAAGCCCUCAGAGUCGAUUCAGACACUAAAACCCUCCUCCCAACAUGGUACCACAUUGGAGCCACGAAAGCUCUGAAACGCCUAAACAACUCUGAAAUAAGUAAAUGCCUACGUCACACACACGGAGUAUCCUUGAUAGUGGACCUACUCGAAGUAACCAAAACCACAUGCGGCAACAAACCCUCGCCUGACAACAGCCUAGCCAAUAACACAUGCACAUGUACCGAAUGUCAGGCGAUGCGAGCGAACGGUUGCCGACACCCGGGCUCAUGCAAAUUGGGAGCCUUCCGCAUACUGAGCGAGAUCCUCCCGAAAUGGAAUCCCUUAGUACCUAAUGUACAGGACGGGCUGACGUUGACGAUGAGACGAAUGAAACAGAAUGAAAAGGCGGUACUCAGCGAAGGAGACCGUCUAACCUUCGACCCCUCUAUCACCUCGAGAGGUGGCCUGUCAGAACUCUUCCGUGUCUUCGUUGACCAGAGUACUAUAGACCAUCCCCCAUCAGUAAGAACCAAAACAGGCAGACAAGUGACGGAGGAGGCAAUGGAUAUAUAC